AUGCCGCAGACUAGAAGCAAUGGAGGCGCAGGAGGGAAGGAGCAACCCAAGCCUCCUUCGAAGCGUAAAGCUGCCGACUCCGAGACUGAUCAGAAUGGAAGCAGCAAGAGCCGCCGCAAAUCCGAUGGAGGCUCGAGCAGCGAACAGCCUCCGUCUGGCCAGAGCGGCGCGGAUAAGAAGCUCAAGGGCGACGACAUCGAAACGCACGAGACCGGCAACAACGAAAAUGACGCAGAUGCUCCCAGCGAAGUGCCUUGGCACGUUACCGAGAAAGGCUUCAUCUACUGGCUGUAUCGACCCAAAGUGGUCGCGGCAGACAAGGCCGAAACAGCCAGUGCAGAGUCACUCGACGAGGUGCAGAGCACCUUUAUGGUGCUCGUGCCCCGAGCAAGUGAGUCGGACACAGCACCGGCCUCAAGCGCCGAGAAGAAGGAAAACGAAGAGGGUGACAAGCGGGAACCGCCGAACCCGACGACGUACCGCCUGAUCUCGCUGGGAAAGAAGCGUAUGCCCAGUCCCGAAGCAGCGAUCGCUAGCGGCAGCGAGCCGGGCGGCAUCGGAGGUCGACAUAGCGAAGCCAUCUGGGCCACGGUCGCAGACAUUGGCGCCGACCUGAACAACCUCGCUCAAGGCAUGGGAGAGGAGCGCUAUACGACCAAGACGCGAGGAGACCGCGUCAAGCCAGCCGCCAGACCCGCAGGUCGUGGCCAUUACGCGCUGAGCAUCAAGACGACCGAUCCAGCGUCGUCUCGAGAGGUCCGGCUGACCUAUGACAUCUCGCAUCCGAGUAGCAACGAGUUUGGUGCGGUGCAGAAAGAGCUCGGUCUGCAUCCCUCGUCGUCGAUUCUUGUGCAGAUGCGCAACCCGACGUUGGCACCUACCGGACCUGAUGCGCUCGCAGCCGGACUGCCUGAGGACAAGAGGGCCAAGUUGACCAAGGGGGAGCUGGAGGAGAACUUUGGCGGAGACGUCAAGAGCAAAGGCAACCGCUAUGCACGUCCGGAGCAGCCUUCGCUGCUCGAUCGCCAGGGCGUGGAGUUGCUGUUGAUCAAGAGGGAGAAGCAGGAGAAGGAAGGACUCCAGGGUCUCGGCGACGAGCAGAAUCGCGCACUUGCCGAUCUGGCUGAGCGCGACCAGGAGAGACUCUCGGACGAGGCGGUUCUGAAGGAGCUCAAGCUGUCCGGCCAGGAUGUGAAAGUCGAGCCCUUGUCUGGCGAGUGGGCGUGA